AUGACAACAUAUUUUGUUGGUGUGCUCCAGGACUUUGUGCUUUGCAUCCUGCUGAUCUACUGGACCUACGCCGUUUGGGAGCAGUACGACUACUACGAGUUCUUCGCGGGCAUUGGAAACCUCACGAAGCAGGCACGAGCCUGCGGGUAUAAGGCCUUGAGGUUUGACAUUUUGGACAAUGUCAAACCCAAAGACCGGAAGUCCAACUUCAUGGAUCUAAAUUCAGCUUCGGGCUUCGCGCUUGCAGUGGUAUGCCUACUUCGAGCUCGCUGUGGUGAUUUCUCAGCACAUUUCGCCAUGAAAUGUGCUUCGUUCUGCAAGAUGAAUGUUGGCACAUCGAAGAGGUCACCAUGUUCAAGUACUGGCUUCACUGAUUACCCAUCAGUUUCCCAGUCCAACAUGUUGGGAGAAAGGACUUGCCUUUUGAUCCUGCUGUGCACGGCACUUGGAGGAGUGUGGACGGUAGAGCAGCCACAAGGGUCUGUGUAUGAAUUCCUACCAGCAUUUCGGGCAAUGUUGCGAAGCAUCUUUGCUUCUGGGGGCAUACGUGCUGUAGUGAAGGUCAGCUGGUGGAUGCAGCACUACCAAGGACCAACACCGAAGCGUCACUACGCCUAUAGCAAUAGUAGAGACGUAUUAUCCUUGGAUAAGGGCAAACUGAAAAAACAUCAGAGAAAACCAAAGGAGGAAAGAAUCAGAACGGCUGAUGUUUACAAGGAUCGCAAAGGUAAGCUGAGGUACAAAGGAAAUGCAAACCUUCGUCCAACUCAGAUUUACCCCAUGCCCUUUGCACGGCACCUCAUCGAUCGCUUGGAGACUAUGAAAGCCACUGCGCACGGAGCUCCUGUACUUCCGAGUGAGGUGCCAGAUGCAAAGGAUACGUUCCUUCAAUGGGUGGAUGUUUGCCAUGAAGAUUGGCAAUUUUCCGGCAUGUCAGAUGUGUUUCAAUACUUGCGGGGUAACCGCAACCUUUCAAUUCCGGAGCAUUGGCGCGGGACAAUUCCAAACCAUCUUGGGUAG